UCGGACUUAAUGGUAUAAUCAUGUAUUUUACAAAUUUUUUAAGUAAUUUUUAUAACGGAAAAUUAACUCAUUUAAAGAAUUAGUGCAAGAAAAUAGUUUUGAGUUUCGUGUACUUGACACUUUUGAGUAGUCUUCGUCUUCCCAUGAGGUGUUUAGUGGAGCAAAACUCAUUUUCAUUGUAUUGACUGUCUUGCUCGGUCGUAGUGUACGAAUUUCUCAUAUAUUUAUCAAAUACGCAUCUUUCAAUAAAUCAAUAUGCCGAAAAAUAAGGGAAAGGGAGGUAAAAAUAGAAGAAGAGGUAAAAAUGAAAAUGAAACAGAAAAAAGAGAAUUGGUUUUUAAAGAAGAUGGUCAAGAAUAUGCUCAAGUCACAAAAAUGCUUGGCAAUGGGAGGUUAGAAGCAAUGUGCUUUGAUGGAGUAAAACGAUUGUGUCACAUUCGUGGAAAAUUGCGAAAAAAAGUAUGGAUAAAUCAAGGAGAUAUAAUAUUAAUUGGCCUGCGGGAUUAUCAGGAUGCAAAAGCAGAUGUCAUAUUAAAAUAUACAUCAGAUGAAGCAAGGAAUUUGAAAACUUAUGGUGAAUUCCCUGAAACUGUGCGUAUCAACGAUACUGUCACCUUUGUGGAAGAUGGCUUUGAUGAAGAUAUUGAAUUUGGUGAUGAAAUUAGUGAUGAUGAUGAGGAUGAUGUUGACAAUAUCUGAUGACCUUCAAUAUAACUAUAUUUAAAAGGUAUGGUACAAGAGUGCAUGAAGAUACCUAUUUGUUUCACAAGAUACUAUUAUUUGUUGCGCGAUUAAGAUAAUUAAAAUUUUUUUGAAAUAAGUAGUCAAUUUCCUGUAUCUAUAAAUAAAUUUUCACUUGUCUGUGUAACAUUGUGUUGCAAUCUAAAAUUGUUAAAUCCUGAAUUUUCAGGAUUCGUAAGUGUCAUUAGAAAUAUGGUAUUCACUAUAUAGCCUGUCUUUUACUUUCAUAUUAUUUUAGUUAGAGAUAAUAUCCCAUGCUGAAUGGGUAUCAAAUAUGUCAAUUUUUUAAAAUUAACCUAAAAAUAUGUAUUAAACAAAGUUCAGUGUUAGAGAGAGAGUAAGCUUUUAAUUGUGCUGUUUGCCCAAAUUGAGCUAUGAAUACAAAUAGUUAUGUAUUUAUGUAUAAUAUGAGUACAUUGUUCUUGUAGUAAAUUUCUUUUGUAUAUUUCUUCUUUAAUAAGUAAAUAAAGUGACAUACAUGCACUGUCGUUGCAAUUUUGAACAGGGGAAGUAGUGAGCACCAUACAUCACUGCAAGUAUACUUCUAUAUAUAUCAAAGCGUUUCAUUGACUCAUUUGUUACAUAACAUAUACAAUUUUCCAAAAAAGUUAAUUAUGCGAUUGUAUUUUCUAAUAGAUCAGUGUAAUAUUUGAAUAAUGUAAUAUUGAAUUCAAAUGUUUUCAUAAUAGAUAAAAUUGUAAUUUUUAUAAAAGGUGAAUUGCAUAUCUGAGAAUUACACAUAUUUAUUUCAAGAAACAAAUUAAUCGUUAUAUGAGAUUUAUAAAUAUUAUUUCAUUCUUCUGUACUUUGUAUUAAAAAACUGUCAAAACGUCAAAUCAUGUUAACUGCUGUAUAAAACAUUAAUUCCAUGAACAUGUAUUAGAUGAAAUUAAUGUCAACUGUUAACAACGAAUAAAAAUAUAUAAAAUACUAA